AUGCUUCCUUCAUGUUACAAAUCUUUCYAAACCAGAACCACUGUUUCUUGUCUGAAAGGUUUUCUUUUUCUUCUCUUAGCUCAAACGUCUCAGCAGAUACAGAAAACUACUGCAAAUGGCAAAGAGAUGCUGUCCAACCCCAAGCUUGUACUGGCUCACGGGACUUUGAGCGUGGUGAUGAAGCAGAAUGUGACCCUCUCGUGCCUSUCUGAGUCUGGGUCUCCACCAGUCAGAUACACCUUGUUCAAGCACAACCAGCAAGUGUCUGCUUUGAACAGCUCAGACUCGACCCCUGCACUCUUCCCGCUGACCAUCAGCUCUGCCAGCGAYCUGGGGGAAUACAAGUGCAAAGCUGAGUACAACAUCUCCACUGGUGGAAAAUACAGCAACAGCCUCAACUUCACCCUUUUAGAGCCAAUUUCCAAACCAGUGCUGAGCUCGCCCACCUCUCAYGCCAAGAAAGGCCAGAACGUGACCCUGUCCUGUCUCUCAGAAAAUGGAUCUCUUCCCAUCACAUACCUGUUCUUCAAAGGAACACAAAACAUUUCUCCCCAAAAGACAAUGCAGAAGAGGGAAGCAGCUGUGAUUUUUCUAUUUAUCAAUUCCCUUAGCGACUUUGGAACCUAUAAAUGCAAAGCUAAUAAUAGUUUUCCCAAUAAUUCAAAAUACAGCAACGCUUUCAACUUUACAUUAGCAGAAGAGAGAAGCCAUUCUCAGCCCCUGAUAAUUUCUCUUGGCUUGAUCCUGCUACUACUCAUAAYAGGAUUGGCUCUGGCAAUUCCAUUUUUCAUAAUUCCCUUGUAUAAAGCAAAAAAAUUCAARUCUACCAGGCCCUCAAUUGGCCUUACUUCAACAGUGAAUGCAGAGGAGUUUGAAAAUGAAGUUAUAUACUCAGAGAUUGAACCUGUCAAACCAGAAGAAGAAUACAUCAACUUUCCUGUUAUUAGAAGAGAAGAGGAAAAAGGUGAAAACUUCAGGCUGUAAUACUGGAAUACCUGAUGCACACAAAUAUKUUUUGGGGGGACUUUGCUAGGUGGAGGCAGGGCUUAAAUACUUUUAAUUGCUCAUGAAAUUGCUUAGUURCUAUUGAAAAACUAAAAUAACUUGAAAACUUUUAUUUGGUU